AUGGCUUUCGUCGGCCAGUCCUUCCACCACAUCAUGUCCACCCUCUCAGACCACUGGCACGUCGAAAAAGGCAACGCCCACCCCAACGUCACCACCGCCGUCCGUGACCGUCUCUCCCGUCGCAACGCCCCGCACAAACCACACGAGUACCCCGAAGACUGGCAACACCCACACAAGCUCUCGAACGACCAAAAGCGCGCGCACGCGCGCAACGGGACCUACGUGCCCCAUAACGUCCGGCGCGUCGAGAACGGGGCGUAUGAGAAUGAGUUGGCGAGGGAUAUGGACUUUUUGUGUGCGAUGAUGAGGUGGGAGACGGCGGCGGGGUGGAUGAGGGGAAACGAGGCGCCGGUGGCGACGCAUUUGGAGGUGGAGAUGGUGGAGGAUUUGGGGGUGUUGAUGCCGGAGCCUGAAGGAGGCUGUAUUGGGCUUGAUGUGUCGCAUUGGGACGGUGUCUACGACCCGAACCAAUCCGGCCUCCCACGGCGUUUCCACCACUUUGAUGUGCAAUGGAAGCACGAUCAUACCCAACCCGACCUAGAGAGCGACGACAUCUCCAUCCACUCCCUGGAGAGUCUUCCUCAGAAUCUCACCAGUACCGAGCGUGCCGGCCCAGCUGCUGCACCCGACUCAACCACGUCCGAUCCGUUAUUGCCUUCAUCAGAAAGCAUCGAGAUGCAGAUGCUCAAGAAGAUGUUCGACAUGAGCAUCAUCGAGACUCGGUUACAAGAAAUGGUAGAUCGCAGGAUCGCCGACUUGCUGAAGGACAGAGGGAAAGAUCAGUCCGAGUCCGAGGAGGUACUACUCAAGACUCCGACGCAGAGAGAUGAUGCGGGUACGAAGGGGAAGGGAGUCAGCUUUACAGCUGGUUUUGGGAAGUCCACGAGCGCUUGGCUGCCUAAGAUCAUGGAGGAUGACGAGGCGGACGGGAAGGACGCACUGGAUGUGGGCAAGGCGGGCGCCGGGGUGAAGACUGUAAACCCUUUGGAUAUGUCGGCCUUGCACAAGUUGAUCGCGGAGGUCAGGUCCGUGGGUUAA